AUGGUGGCUCCGCUGCUGCUCGCCAACGGCGCCGAUCAUAACGCGAUCAACGUCGACGGUGCGACGCCUCUGCACGUCGUUUGCAUGGGAAAGAACGACGGUUACUAUCGCCUGGCCAACUGGUUGAUCGAGGCCAGUCAACCGCCGAACAAGCCGCUGCUGAUGAACGUCCGGGACAAGCGGGGCAACGCGCCGCUGCACUUGGCCCUGGAUACCGCCGACCCGAUGCUGGCCGAGCUGCUGCAGAGACACGGCGCCGAACUGCAUCUGCCCAACGACGAACUCUACACGCCGCUGCACGGGAUCUGCAAGCGAAAUUCGGUCGGUCAUGUGGGCGAGUCGUUGCUGGGGGUCUGCAGCGAGAAACUCGAAACCCUGCGCUGCGUCGACCUACGGGAUAAGUACGACAAUACCCCGUUGCAUCUGGCUCUUCGCCGUACGGCAACUCGAAGAUAG